AUGUCGGCCCCAGGGGACCCCCGGCUGGUGGCUCAGUCCAAUCUCCAGGGAUGGGAAGAACAAUCCUUUGCCAACAAGCUCAUCCAGAGACGGAAGCACAAAAUACACCCAGAUCCCGCAGUUGAAGGUGUCGAGAACGAGGAGGCGGAAGAUGGCGUCGUACCUCCCACCUGGAAAAGAGGCUGGUGCUCCACGUGGGGCGGGGGCCACUUCCUGACGUUCGACAGCUUCCUGUACGACUUCUCCGGCACGUGCAACUACAUAUUCGCCACCAUCUGCCACGACACCUCGCCGGACUUCAACAUCCAGCUCCGCCGCGGGCCCGAUGGCAAGAUUUCCAGGAUCAUCGUGGAGCUGGGCCCCACCGUGGUCACGGUGGAGAACGGGGUCAUCUCCAUCCAGGACACCGGAGUGGUGGGUCUCCCCUACACCAGCAACGGGGUCCAGAUCCUGCCUUUCGGACAGAACGUCCGCCUGGUGGCCAAACUCAUGGAGAUGGAGCUGGUGGUGAUGUGGAAUAACAACGAUUACCUCAUGGUGUUGGUGGAGAGCAAGUACAUGAAGAAGACGUGCGGGCUUUGUGGAAACUUUGACGGGGAUAAAACCAACGAGUUCCAGAGCGAGGGCAAAGUCCUGGAGCCCUACAAGUUCGCCGCCCUGCAGAAGAUGGACGAUCCUGCCGAGAUCUGUGCCGUCGAGGAGGCUCAGGGCCACAGCCUCUCUCCGAAAAAAUAUGCCAGGAUCUGCCACCAGCUGCUGACCCUGGUGAGCCCGACCUGCAACGUGUCCAAGGCGGAAUUCGCCACGCGGUGCCAGCUGGACAUGGAGGAAUGCGUGGAGCCCGGGCAGCGGGACUGCAGCUGCCCCACGCUCUCCGAGUAUUCCCGGCAGUGCGCCAUGGCCGGCCAGCCCGUCAGCGACUGGAGGACCGAAGAUUUCUGCGCCCUGAGCCCAUGUCCGGCCAACCAGGUCUACCAGGAGUGCGGGUCGCCCUGUGUCAAGACGUGCUCCAACCCCCAGUACAGCUGCCACAGUUUCUGCACGUUCGGAUGUUUCUGCCCAGAAGGCACCCUCUUGGACGACAUCUCCCAGAACCAGACUUGCAUCCCCGUGGACCACUGCCCCUGCCUGCUCAACGGCGUGGCCCACGCCCCUGGAGAGCUGGUGACCGCCGCCUGCAGGACCUGCCGCUGCUCCGCGGGCCAGUGGAAGUGUACUGACCUCCCCUGCCCCGGACGCUGCUCUCUGGAGGGCGGCUCCUUCGUCACCACGUUUGACUCACGGCCGUACCGCUUCCAUGGAGCCUGCACCUACAUCCUCGUCAAGAGUCCCAGUCUGCCCCACAACGGCUCGCUGAUGGCCGUGUACGACAAAUCCGGCUACUCGCACUCAGAAACCUCCCUGUCCGCUGUCAUCUACCUGUCCUCCCAGGACAAGAUCGUGAUUUCUCAAGACAAGCUCCUCACGGACAACGACGAUCGGAAAUGGCUGCCCUACCAAACAGGGAACAUCACCGUGUUCCGCCAGACGUCCACUCACAUCCAGAUGUCCACCACGUUCGGGCUGGAGCUGGUGGUUCAGCUCCGCCCCGUGUUCCAGGCCUACGUCAACCUCGCGCCGCAGUUCAGAGGAAAAACCAGAGGGCUGUGCGGGAACUACAACGGGGACACCACGGAUGACUUCCUGACCAGCAUGGACAUCACCGAGGGCACGGCCUCCCUCUUCGUCGACUCCUGGCGGCUGGGGAACUGCCCUUCGGCCCUGGAGAGGGAGACGGAUCCCUGUUCCAUGAGCCAGCUCAACAAAAUGUGUGCCGAGACCCACUGCUCUGCCCUCCUGAAGAAGGGGUCCGUGUUUGAGAAGUGCCACUCGGUGGUGAACCCAACACCCUUCUACAAGAGAUGUAUCUACCAAGCCUGUAACUACGAGGAGACAUUCCCACACAUCUGUGCAGCUCUGGGCUCCUACGCAAGGGCGUGUGCUACCAUGGGACUCAUCCUCACAGGAUGGAGGGACAGCGUAGACAACUGUACCGUGCCCUGCUCGGGCAACCAGACGUUCAGAUACCAGAGCCAGGCCUGCAGGCGGACGUGCCUGUCCCUCUCGGUGCCCGACCUGGAGUGCCACCCCAGCGACGUCCCCGUGGACGGCUGCAACUGCCCCGAGGGCACCUUCCUGGACCACCGGGCUCGCUGCGUCCGCCGCGUUCACUGCCCCUGCUUCUUGGAUGACAGGAAAAUCAUCCUCGCUGACCAGUCAACCGUCAUCAGCGGCGUCACCUGUUACUGUGUCAACGGGAAGCUGAGCUGCACAGGAAAACCUCCAAAGCCCUCAGAGUCCUGCGAGCCCCCCCGGGAGUACUUGUCCUGUUCCCAGUCCUCGGACUCCAAGUUCGGAGCCGCCUGCGCUCCCACCUGCCAGAUGUUGGCCACGGGGAUGGACUGCGUCCCCACCAGGUGCGAGUCAGGCUGCGUCUGUGCCGGCGGGCUCUACGAGAACCUGGAGGGCGAGUGCGUAGCCCCCGAGGACUGCCCCUGUGAGUUCGGGGGCGUCUCCUACGCCCGGGGGGCCGAGAUCCACAGCGAGUGCAAGACCUGCACCUGCGUGAGGGGCAAGUGGAGGUGCCACAAGAAGGCCACGUGUUCGUCCACGUGCUCGCUGUACGGGGAAGGCCACGUGACCACGUUUGACGGACAGCGCUUCGUGUUCGACGGCAACUGCGAGUACAUCCUGGCCACGGACGGAUGCAGCCUCAACCACUCCCACUCCAACUUCAAGAUCAUAACGGAGAACGUGAUCUGUGGGAAGUCGGGGGUCACUUGCUCCCGGGCCAUCAAGAUCAGCCUUGGCGGUCUGUUGGUGGUGCUGUCAGAUGCCACGUAUGCCAUAUCGGGGGAGAACCCCCAGGUGCAGCUCCAGGUGAGGAAGAACGCCCUGCAUCUCAUGUUCGACAUCGUCAUCCCUGGGAAGUUCAACAUGACCCUCGUCUGGAACAAGCACAUGAACGUCUUCAUCAAGAUUUUCCGGGCAUCCCAGGGCCCCCUGUGCGGCCUGUGCGGGAACUACAAUGGGAACAUGAGAGACGAUUACGAGACGCGCAGCAAGUACGUGGCGUCCAGCGAGCUGGAGUUCGUCAACUCGUGGAAGGAGAACCCUCUCUGCGGAGACGUCAGCUUCGUGCUGGACCCCUGCAGCCAGAACCCCUACCGCAAGGCCUGGGCCGAGAAGAAGUGCGCCAUCAUCAACAGCCACACCUUCGCCGCCUGCCACAGCAAGGUGUACCGCAUGCCCUACUAUGACGCCUGUGUGCGCGACACCUGUGGGUGCGACUCGGGCGGAGAUUGCGAGUGUCUGUGUGAUGCCGUGGCUGCCUACGCCAAGGCCUGUCUGGACGCCGGUGUCUGCGUGGACUGGAGGUCCCCCGACUUCUGCCCCCUUUACUGCGACUUCUACAACACCCACCGGCCGGUGAGCGGGUCGGGCGGCUACCAGUACACCAGCGACGUGAACUGCACAUGGCAUUACCAGCCCUGCCUCUGCCCAUUCCAGCUGCUGAACCCCAGCUACGUCAACAUCGAGGGCUGCUACAACUGCACCCCUGACAAAUACUUCGACCAUGAAGAAGGGAGGUGUCGGCCUUGUCCUACGGUGCCCACCACCCCAAUUCCAGAAACGACGGCUCCCCAGACCACCGCCGCCGGGACCACCCCCACUCCGGCCACGACGGUCCAGACGCUGGCCACUGCCCAGCCCACGUCCUCGGGGCUGACCAAGCCGACAGCGGCCCCCACGCAAAGCCCGACCCUCAGGCCGUCGUCGACCCCCCCCACCUUGCCGCCCCCUCCGUCAGGAGUCUAG